AGUUUUGUUUUGGUGAAAGUAAGAAGAAAAGAAUGUUGUUAUUUAUUUGGAUUAUUGCAAAGUAAACAAUAGUUUGGCUUGCCGCGCACCUGCCAUUCCCCGCUUCAACCCACCGCCCCCGUAACGACAAACGAAACAAGCGAUAUGUAUUCAUUAGGAAUAUUUGACACAAUUUGCAACGCGCGUAUUUGAAAGCUGGCAAUUGUUUUUUUCCUCCAACAACCUAGCAGCCCGGAGAAGUAACAAAAACAACAACUAAUAGCAAUAUCUGGUUUAGUUGCCGUUAAACAGAGCUGGCGUACAGACCAGAUCCCAAUCGGGCCCAAUACGUCGGGUCAAUAGCCACCAAGCGAAGUUCAGACCAAAAUAUUAUAUAUACAUUAUCGAGUUAGUUAAAGACCGACGAUGGGCUUGCCCUUUCAGAAACUAAAGAAGCUCUGGCUUCUCUAUCUGUUUUUGCUGUUCUUUGCAUUCUUCAUGUUUGCAAUUAGCAUAAAUUUAUAUGUGGCAAGCAUACAGAACACGGACCCACAGCAAAGUCAUCCAAAGCCAGCGCCCAAACGUCGCUCACUGUGGCCGCGUAAAAACAUUGUGGCUCAUUAUAUUGGCAAGGGAGACAUCUUCGGCAACAUGACUGCAGACGAUUACAACAUUAACCAGUUCAAGCCCAUUGAAAAUGAGGGAGCCGAUGGCCGUCCCGUUGUGGUGCCGCCUCGAGAUCGUUUUCGUAUGCAGCGUUUCUUUCGCUUGAACAGCUUCAAUUUGCUGGCCAGUGAUCGGAUACCACUCAAUCGUACGCUCAAGGACUAUCGGACACCAGAAUGCCGCGACCGAAAAUAUACCAAAAAUUUGCCCAACACAUCAGUGAUCAUUGUAUUCCACAAUGAGGCCUGGUCGGUGCUAUUGAGAACCAUAACGAGUGUGAUAAAUCGUUCACCAAAACAUCUGCUCAAGGAAAUUAUAUUGGUGGAUGAUGCCAGCGAUCGCACCUAUCUAAAGCGUCAAUUGGAGAGUUAUAUUAAAGUUCUGGCGGUGCCUACACGUCUGUAUCGCAUGAAGGAGCGCAGUGGUUUAGUUCCUGCCCGUCUAAUGGGUGCUCAGCAUGCACGUGGUGAUGUGCUUACCUUCUUGGAUGCCCACUGCGAAUGCUCACGCGGCUGGCUAGAGCCUUUGCUGGCGCGGAUUAGGGAGUCACGCCAAGUUGUCAUCUGCCCCGUCAUCGAUAUAAUCUCGGAUGACAAUUUCAGCUAUACAAAAACCUUUGAGAACCAUUGGGGAGCCUUUAAUUGGCAAUUGAGUUUCCGUUGGUUCUCCUCGGAGAGGAAGAGAUCGACCACAGAAAGUAGUGUCAAGGAUUUAACAGCUCCCAUAGCUACACCAGGAAUGGCUGGUGGCCUCUUUGCCAUUGAUCGCAAAUACUUCUACGAGAUGGGCUCCUAUGACAGCGAAAUGCGUGUCUGGGGUGGCGAAAAUGUUGAAAUGUCAUUCCGGAUCUGGCAAUGCGGCGGCAGAAUAGAGAUAAGCCCGUGCUCUCAUGUAGGUCAUGUCUUUCGUAGCAGUACCCCUUACACAUUCCCUGGAGGAAUGAGUGAGGUUCUGACCAAUAAUUUAGCUCGUGCUGCCAGCGUUUGGAUGGAUGAUUGGCAAUACUUUGUUAUGCUCUAUACCUCGGGACUGACGCUGGGUGCCAAGGAUAAGAUUAAUGUAACCGAACGUGUGGCUCUGCGUGAGAAACUGAAGUGUAAACCAUUUUCAUGGUAUUUGGAGCACAUUUGGCCAGAGCAUUUCUUCCCGGCACCUGAUCGUUUCUUUGGCAAAAUCAUAUGGCUGGAUGGUGAGACGGAAUGUGCCCAGGCCUAUAGCAGGCACAUGAAAAACUUGCCCGGAAGGGCUCUGUCCCGCGAAUGGAGUCGAGCUUUUGAUGAGAUUGACAACAAGGCAGCUGAAUUUACAUCUCUAAUUGAUUUGGAGCGGGACAAGUGUCUACGUCCGCUCAGAGAUGAUGUGCCACGUUCCUCCCUGCAGCCGGUAACCGUCGGCGAUUGCACCUCGCACGCCCAGACCAUGGAUAUGUUUGUUAUUACACCCAAAGGGCAGAUUAUGACCAAUGACAAUGUCUGUCUUACCUAUCGUCCGCCCAAGCAGGGUGUCAUAAAGCUGCUCAAGAAUCGAAAUGCCACCACAUCUAAUAUAAUGCUGACACAAUGCGCCAGCGAACCAAGUCAAUUCUGGAGCUACGAUAUGGAUACACAACAAAUUUCGCAUAGAGAUACAAAACUUUGCCUUACCCUGAAGUCGGCCACAAAUACACGUAGUCAGAAGGUGGAGAAAGUGGUGCUAAGCAUGCAAUGCGAUUUCAAGGAUAUAACACAGAAAUGGGGCCUAAUACCAUUGCCAUGGCGCUUGUAGAUGACCAAAAUGCUUAUGCCUGCCGUUAACCUUAGCAAAAACAUUUCUACAUAUAUAUCUCUCUCUUUAACAUAAUGUGAUAUUUAUUGAAAUUGUCUGACGAAUGCCACUCGUUGUUUUUUAAACCCAAACACACACACCCACACACAUACACACUCACAACGACACCCACACCGAAAAACACCCACAAGAAUUGUUUAUAAAACAUUUUUACUUUGAAUGCAUUUCCCAUUGAAUGCAUUGCGACUUGAUA